AAAACAGCAGUCAGCUCGCCUUCUUCACCAUUCUCUCUCUCUCUCUCUCUCUCUCUCUGUGCAUCCUCUGUUCUGCAGCCUGCAGCCAUUCCAGGCGUCUCCCUAUCCCCUUCUCCUUCCCUGGCACGCCUCCGCUUUGUCAUUGACAUGCGCGCACAGCGCAUCGCGGACUUCACCGAAUAAAAAGGAAGAAAACUCGCCAUUGAUUGAGCAAACGAAAAAUGUCUGCUUCGUGGAGUGUGACGAGCUGUUUGUUCUUCGCUUCCUGCGCGCUUCUCGUCGUUCUUGCCGUCGGGUCACCGGAGAAUUCGAAUUCGGAGUUGCCGGUCGUCUCUUUCGAUGAAGGGUACGCCCACCUCUUCGGAGACGACAAUCUGGUCAUUCACGGAGAUGGAAAGUCCGUUCAUCUGACUCUCGACGAGCGCACAGGGUCUGGAUUUGUUUCUCAGGAUCUUUACCUACACGGGUUCUUCAGUGCUUCGAUUAAGCUGCCUGCGGAUUACACUGCGGGAGUUGUGGUUGCUUUUUAUAUGUCCAAUGGGGAUAUGUUUGAGAAAACUCACGAUGAAAUCGACUUCGAAUUCUUGGGAAACAUCAGAGGCAAAGAAUGGAGGGUGCAGACCAAUGUUUACGGCAACGGAAGCGUCGGCGUCGGCAGAGAAGAGAGAUAUAACCUCUGGUUCGAUCCCUCCGACGAUUUCCACCAGUACAGCAUUCUCUGGACCGAUUCUCUGAUAGUAUUUUAUGUGGACAAUGUGCCUAUUAGAGAGGUCAAGCGAACAAAGGCCAUGGGCGGAGACUUCCCCUCUAAACCGAUGACCUUGUAUGCCACAAUCUGGGAUGGAUCCAGUUGGGCUACCAAUGGAGGCAAAUACCGGGUGAGCUACAAGUACGCCCCCUACAUUGUCGAGUUCUCUGAUCUAGUCCUUCAUGGGUGUGCAGUCGAUCCUAUCGAACGCUCAUCAGCAUGCGAUGCAGUCCUUCCUUCGGGAUCGAUCCCUACAGCCAUCACACGUGAACAGAGAGUCCAGAUGGAGAGCUUCAGGAAGAGGCACAUGACUUACUCGUACUGCUAUGACCGAGCUCGGUACAAGAUACCUCCUCCCGAGUGCAUCCUAAGUGUGAAAGAAGCCAAGCACCUCCGGUCCUUCGAUCCUGUCACCUUCGGCCAAGGCAAGCGGCAUUUUGCGAAGCGUCGCCACCGCCGUGUGUCGGCUACUUCCAUGUGAGUUCGCGCCACCGACCGAUUGUCCAUUCGAUUCUACAAGGCUGUCUACAGAAUUUAUCCUGUGAAUAGGCGGGGAGAGAGACGAAGGCGAUAUUGGAUAUUGACAUUGGGUCGACAGAUUUCGCGGCGGAUUUCGUGUAUAGUUUCGUGAUUCCAUUAUGUUUGUGGGCCAAAAGAAUUUGUUAUUGAUGUUGUUUGUCUCUGUGGCUAUUGCUGAAUUCAAUUUGGUGGGUAUGAUUCAUGUACUUGGGCAUAUCUCAUUGCUUUUUUAGCUUCAAUAAACAUGUUCAUGGUGGGGGCAUCAGUCUGCUUGCUUGCACUCAUAUAAAUCAAAAGUGUCUUUUGUCCC